CAAUAUUUAGUAACCCGUAUUGUUGCAAAGUAAUUGUCAUGGCUUCGGAACGGUAUAGUUUUUCAUUAACAACUUUUAGCCCAUCUGGAAAGUUGGUACAGAUAGAAUAUGCUUUAGCUGCUGUAGCUGCUGGAGCAGCUAGUGUCGGCAUUAAGGCAUCAAAUGGUGUUGUUCUUGCCACAGAAAACAAACACAAAUCUAUACUGUAUGAUGAACACAGCGUGAAGAAAGUAGAAAUGAUUACGAAGCAUAUCGGUAUGAUAUAUAGCGGAAUGGGUCCGGAUUAUAGAAUGUUAGUAAAGCAAGCACGUAAAAUUGCGCAGCAGUACCAACUCAUUUAUCAGGAACCAAUACCUACUGCACAGCUGGUACAUAGGGUUGCCAUGCUAAUGCAAGAAUAUACACAAUCCGGAGGAGUCAGACCUUUCGGAGUAUCUUUGCUAAUUUGUGGCUGGGAUAAUGGAAAGCCAUGUUUAUACCAGUGUGAUCCUUCUGGUGCAUAUUUUGCAUGGAGGGCCACUGCAAUGGGCAAAAAUUUUGUAAAUGGAAAAGUAUUCCUGGAAAAAAGGUACAGCGAAGAUUUGGAACUCGACGAUGCUGUUCAUACUGCCAUUCUAACUUUAAAAGAAGGAUUCGAGGGACAGAUGACUGCUGACAAUAUCGAAGUUGGUAUUUGCGAUGCAAAUGGUUUUAGGAGAUUGGAACCUUGUAACGUAAAGGAUUACCUUGCCAAUAUUCCUUAAUCUUAAAUCAUUUUUAUAUCACACGUCAUUACAGUGAUCUCC